CGCACAAAAGUGUUCCUUUCGGAUUUGCGAUAAGCUUUCAAUACACUGAAACCAAUUACCAAGCUGUAUCGUAGUUUGUCUGGGGUGGUUUUCGGCGGCCUUUGGAGUGGAUUUUUGGUCGGCAAACGGUGGCACACGACAAGGGUGUUGUAUUGCCGUGACGGCGAGGCGGUCUGCAGCGCCGUGGUGAACAGGGUCGGUUGGCGCAAAGCCCAUUUGCCAAGCCCAAUUACAGAGAAGGGUACAAAGCAAGCUACAAUCGUCCUACGAUCUGCAUUAUGGCUGUUGAUCCUGGAAAAGAGAUGAGCGUGGACCUUCUGAUGUACGAGGAGUCCAGCAUGGAUCCGUCGGACGUCGGCGGCCAGAUUAACGUGCCGGGCCAGCCGUCCCGGGCCGCCGACGGCUCGGUGGAGUACAACACUCUGGACGAGCCCAUCCGACAGACGAUCAUGCGUGAUUUGAAGGCGGUCGGAGCGAAGUUUUGGCACGUUAUGUACCCUCGGGAGAAGAAGGCACUGCUAAAGGAAUGGGACCUCUGGGGGCCGCUGAUCCUGUGCACGGUGCUGGCCGUGAUGCUGCAAGGCGCGCCGGAGCCGGCCGCCGCCGGCGUGGCCGCCAACGACGGCGGCCCAGAGUUCGCCGAGGUGUUCGUCAUCAUCUGGAUCGGCUCGGCCGUGGUCACGCUCAACACCAAGCUGCUGGGCGGAUCCAUUUCUUUCUUCCAGAGCGUGUGCGUGCUGGGCUACUGCCUGUUCCCCACCAUCGUGGCACUGCUGCUGUGCUGGCUGGUGCUGCUGUUCCCGCAGACGACAGCGCUGUUCGUGCUCCGCCUGCUCUUCACGUGCGUCGGCUUUGGCUGGGCCACAUAUGCGUCCGUCAAGUUCUUGGGAGACAGCCAGCCCGCGUCCCGCAAGGCUCUGGGAGUCUAUCCCAUCUUCCUCUUCUACUUCGUGAUAUCGUGGCUCGUGAUCUCACACUCCGACACGUAGGGGUGCGGGGUGAAGUGAGGGUGCAACUGUUUUAUUGUUUGUGUUGCACGGUGUAACACUGGUUUUGGCGCCUGUGUGUAUGCGUGAAAAGCUGCAAGCUCUUGACGUGCGCAGCCACAAGUUGCCGCUAAGCUAUGUGUUUCGCCGUCUCAUGCUGACCAAUUUGAUUUCAUGCAUUAGCUUGGAAAUCAACUUACGAGAAACUUGGGCGUUGGCAUGUUUGACGAGGAGUGGGGAUUCAAAUCUUGUGUGCUGUUCAUUUUUUUUAAUGUCAAAUUGCAAUGCCACCAGUAUCUUGAAAAUACACAUAUGAAUGCUCGCUUUCGGAUUGU